AUGUGGAAGGAAAGAAUGGAAAAUCUAACAACUGCUGGAAAGAUUGCAGGGAGAAGAGAUCGCGGUCAACAACGAACAACAUUCGUGAAGUCCUUGUGCCACUUGUUGAAUAUCACCACAUUUCAACUCUUACAAGCUCUUACAACAAGAUCGGGUUUUGUGGAGAUUAUUAUAAUGCAAAAAUGCAACCAAGUAGACAUGAGGUAUGAGAGGCAGGUGUUGGUGCUGCAACUGUACAAAGAAUUUAGAAACUUCUGUAGAAAGUUAUGCGGCAUUGACUUCUAUAUGUUUGACCCAGAAUGGGGUCUAAGGAGUUAUCCCAUUCUAAGAAGUUUCACCAGAAAAAUUCGGGAAUUUGUAUUGAAGGAGUGCGCGGAAUCGACGCUUGGACCUCAUUUCAUCGCGCUGAUUGGACAAAAAUACGAAGCCGAUGUUUUACCGUUGAAAAUUCCGGAGUACGAAAUGGACUGCAUUCUCGGCGCUCUUAAGACGAACUUUAAAUCCCGAAGUUCGCGGGAUUGGGAUGUUUUGAAGGAUUGUUAUGCCCUGGAUUGCAAUAGUUUGAAGCGCGAGUACGUGCUGCUUGAUGGUGCUUUCGCCCAAGUUGUCACGGUUUUCCACAGAGAGCUCGAAACAGCCUACAACCUCAAAUAUUGUCAUCGUCGUCAUCUGCAACAACAACAACAACAAACCAGCAACAACCACAAGACAUCAACAAAAUACACCAACACUAACACCGGUGACAUUACUAAAUGUGAUUGUACUAAUGUUAUUACUACUGAUCGCCUCAUGACGAAUAAGGAUUACUUUGUGAUAAAACGCGUUAUCACAGAUUUGCAUAAUUUCGGGAAAUACGAAGCUGCAACUACUUUCGCCGAAUUCACCGACGACGGAUGCAUUAAUGCACAUUACCAAAAUGCACUGAAUUGUCUAUGCAGUCUGUUAGGCGGUCAGUCGGGCGAAAAUAUGAUUUGUUCUGAUGUUCUUUGGAGAUUUCCCGCGGGUGUAAAUUGGGAUGAUCAUAAGUCAUAUCUCGAUGAGAUUUAUUGUGGAGCUCUUGAAAAGUUGAAAGCAAUGACAUUAGCGUCGAUCAGAAGACCCCUGUCUCACCUUGACCCACUUUCGGAAGAAAUCGUGAAGCAUUUACUACAGGCAGCCAAUCACGUUGAGAGAUUUAUAGGCCGGGAAAUCCUAUUGGCUGACGUAAAGUCAUACAUAUGCAAAUGCUCUGACGUAAUAGGCUCAUUAAUUAUUCAUGGACCGCAGGCCAUCGGUAAGGCUGCUUUAGUGUCAAAAGUAUUUGAAGAGCUUCCAAGUUGGAUAGCUCACAGCAGGCCAGUCAUCCGGAUAAUUAGGUUCGUAGGGCUGACGUCACGAUCACGUGAUCUUCACGACCUCCUCCUCUCCAUCAACGAUCAGAUACGAGGGGCGUUGUACGGGCGGAAGUGUUGCGGCACCCAGCCUGGCAGCUGCAGGUGCAGCUCUGAAGUACUCGUCGAGAACGAAGAUGAAUGCUGUCGAGUGCGCGUCGGUGAGGAGUCGUUGAAGCCACUGCUGACGAUCGCUGACGUCAUCGAAGAUUUCCACAACCUUCUCAAGAUCAUCCCUCUCUGCGUCACACUCGUCAUCAUCAUGGCGUCUCUAGAUCACGUGACAUCCACCGACGAUUCCUUCCUGAUGACGUGGCUUCCAAAAUGCAUUCCCGGCAACGUGAGGAUUGUGGUCGGCAUGGAGACAAGCUGCCGUCUGAUGGAAAAGUUGGUGAAUGAAGGGAGAGGUGAGGGCCGUGGGUGGCACGAAUACCUCGGUGUUGGUACGAUGUCCGUGAGUGAAGUGGUCGCCAUCUUGCUGUCAAACAUGGCGAAGUACGGCAGAACUCUGACGUCACAGCAGAUUAAUAGCGUUACUAAGAGCUGCUUCAAACCUCGAGGAGACUGCCUGCUACCGUUGCACGGCCAAGUUUUGUGCUGCUUGUUGCUCGAGUUCGAAUCAUGGCAGGAGUUGAGCGAAGAAAGUUUGCUGAACUUUCAAACAGUUGAGGGAUGCAUGCAGUGUCUUUUUCAACAAAUCGAAGACGUCAUCACGCGUCACGUGAUGGCAAGGGUCGUCGGCGCUAUGACGGCUUCUGUGGUCGGUCUGAGCGAUAAUGAAGUUGAAGAUGUGCUGACACGUGACCCUGUUACGAUGGGGUGGAUGGAGGGCGACGAAGAAGCUUCUAGAAGGUUCCCUCCAAUCAUCUGGAUGUUUGUGAGGCACCGUCUCAAACAUCUCCUCUGCAAUCGCUACGACAAUGACGUCAUCGUAAGAACAUGGAGCCAUCAAAAACUUGUCGCCAUAGCCACCGAAAGAUAUUUUGUGACGCCGAACGACUUCGUCUCCGUAAACUGCGCACUGGCCGAACACUGGCUGGCUGAAGAAUCUGAUGAAAAAGUGGCGUCGACACUUUUAAAACAACCCCUGAGAUUUGAUGAGGACGAUAUUUGUACGGAAUUUCCGCCUCUGUACAACUUCCGGAAGAUGAUGCUACUUCCGGUUCAUCUAAUAAGAUCCAAUAGAGAUGAAGAUUUUGUACGCAAAAUUGCUUUUAACUUUGAUUGGUUGUUUAAUAAAACUGCCGCCAUUUCCGUUCAGGCCGUUAUUCAAGAUCUUCGGUUAGUUGCUCAUACGGAAGUAAAAAUAUUAUUGGCUGCCCUGGAAGAAGUGAUGGUCUACAUUGAUGAUGACGUAAACAAUAUGGCGUAUGAGCUGACGAGAAUGCUGUUGAUGUUCAGAGAUCAUUUUGAUGGUAACAUCGUUUAUCACAACUUCCCGCUUCUCACGUCACUCAUUGACGUCAUGGACUUCCGAUCGAAAACUUUCAUCGUUAAUUCUCCCAUUCACAGAUCUUCAGUUUGUGCCAAAGAGGCGGAAGUAGAUUGUCGGGACGUUAUCGAUUGCAUUGCCGCCAGAUUUUUAAAUGAUAAAACGGUGAUUAUGUGUAAGGAAGAAAGUAAGCCGGAAGUCCAAGUGUACGAUCUCGUCACUCGGAAACACGUGACCACAUUAAUUACGUCACUGGGUAAGAUGUACGUGUCCCCGAAUGGUCAUUGGAUGGUGGUUGUUAUGCGGGUUAACAAAAACAAUAGAGACCGAGAUGUCGAAGGUAGAUACGAGUGCAAGACAACCGUAGGACAGACGAGGAACAAUUCUGCCGGCGGUAACAAUGAGAUGCUCUCCACUAUCAAUUUGUACAAAUCAGAUGACGGAAGUUACGUUGGUCACGUGUCACCUCUCCAUGGAGUUGGACCAAUUGACGGACGUUUCGUGACGUCACCUUCAACUUUGAAUCACGUGAUCGUCACCGAUGAUGUCAUCUGCUACGUCAUCGAAGGAGAGAGGAGUUGGCUGAGUGUGAGAGAUUUGGGAAGAGAUUUUCAUGAAAUUGUUCACGUGACUUUAAAAUGCAGGCCAAAAUUUUGCGUCGUCAGUCCCGACCAAUCGGUUGUUUUCACGAAUUCGAAAUGUUCUUUGAUUGGCUGUCGUUUGUUAUCAACUGUGACCAAUCAGAAUCAUCCGAUGCGGUUAGAGUUGAAGAAAGAGCCAGUUUGCUUGGGAUUCAAUGGACAAUCAAAUCUCUUGUUCGUCGUCUUCCAGAACAACGACCUACUGAUGGUGGACAUCAACACAUUCAACAACCACCUCUACCCGCGAAAAUGCGUUCAAUUUCAACCGCACCUACCUUGCAACAUCUACAACAACGUCAUCAAUCACGUGAUAUAUGACGUCACUGGCAUCCUCCUCCUGAAGACUGACAACAACAUCCUUGUGUACGACACUCGUCAGUCCUGCCUCCGUUCGUGUAUUAAGAGACCACGUGAUCUGCCCUUAGAAUUUCGUUACCCCAGACGUGAGUGGAUAGAAGAGGUGAAGUUCAAGGACGUUCUGCUCUACAAAGGUCGCGUGAUGGCCACAAUAAUGAGAGAUGUCAGGGUAUGGAGCCUAAACGGAUGUCCAAUCAUUAUCCUGAAAGCUCCCAUUGGUCAACUGAAUCACGCGAUAUUGGCCGUCGCUUGCUACGGAUGUGACUUCGGCUUCCACAAGAACGAAGGCGAAGAUCGUCUGGUGACGUCAUUGAGAGAUGAUCGGAGGUUUCAAAUAUGGCGUCUCGAUCAGCUGUUCACGCACGUCGUAUCUCCGGAUCGUCUGCCCACAAAACCAGUCAAGCAGAUCGAGGUCAGCGGUGACGUCAUCAUGGCGGUCGGGAAGGGAGGUCAAGAGAUGGCCAUGUUUGACCCAGUCACAGGUCACAUCAGAGAUCUCUUCACCCACGAGAAGCCCAUCAAUGAUUUCUGCCUCAGCAAGGAUGGCGUGUUUGCCUUGGUAUCGAUAAAGAACUCGAAACCGGGUCGGAGCAACAAAAUAUGGGACGUCGAGAACCGCUGGUUGAUGGUUGAGUUCGGUAACCAGCCAUCCAUCACAGCCGCACUGACGACCAGACUCGGUUUCUACUGUUUCAUGAGAAGUGAUGAUGGCGAGAGGUACGAACUCUACGAAGUGAGAUUCAAAAAAAGAGAGAGGAAAAGGAACAUGAUGAUGAAGGGAGAGGACGUCGAAAGAGAAUAUGUAGUAAUUGAUGGUGAAAAAUUUUGUGACCGAAGUUGUAUCGGUGUUAAUGGUGGCGGUAGUUUUCCUCCACAUGUUGGUGAUGGAGGUGGCUGGAAUGGUCUUGAGGGUGGUAAUGAGGAAAGUUGUGGUGAUGAUUAUGGUGAUGGCGAUGAUUAUGGUAAUUGGGAUGAUAAUUGUGACGAGAUUAUUCAUAAUUUUGUUGAUGAAGAUAAUAAUAAUAAUAAUGAUAAUAAUAAUAAUGAUAACAACAACGACAUCAACAUCAAAAUAAGAAAUCACAAGAACUACAAAUAUACUAAUGAUGUUAAAAACAUCAGCAACUACAUCAACAGUAAUGAAAUAAAUCGCCCAAGCAGUAACGUCACUAGCAGCAAUGACGUCAACAACAACAACAACAAACGCAGCAAAAACAUCAACAAAACUGACAACAACAACGGAAACAAUGGCGAUGAGGAUGACGUCACGCAUCGCGAAAAAUCAACAUGGCGACACAAAAUCGCGUUCACCCGAGUUGAAGUAACGAGAUUCGCCCAGAAACCCUUCCUAACUGACAAUGAUAAAUGGCUUGUGAUUUUAGCCGUUGAUUACAGCAGCCGAAGCGGUUGUAGCGACCACAUUGAUUGUAGCUAUCGAAAGCAACGCGAAACCGCCGGCGAUGUUGCUGGCGGUAUCUGUGGCAUGUGUGGCAAGAAAGACGCCUCGUCGCCUUGUGGCUGUGGCACUAGUUAUAACAAUAUUAUUAAGAAUUGCAACAAUGAUGGUGGAAUUAAUGAUGCUACUACUACUACUACUACUGAUAAUAAUCACAGCAAUAAUAAUAAUAAUAAUAACGAUAACAAUAACGAUAAUGAUAAUAAUAAUGAUAAUAAUAAUAAUAAUAUGAGACAGUGCAACUUCAUUAGGCAGCGAAUAGUUGCAUUCAGAGUGGCUAUCGAUGACGAGGAAGAAGGACGAAGUUUUAACGAACAAGAUCGUUAUUACGAUCUAGACGACGACAGAAACGUAAAUGAUGACGUCAUCAAGGAAUCAAUGAACGAUGACCAAUCAAAUCGCGUCAUACAAAUCUACCCCUACGAUCUGCGCCAAUCGGCUUCAACCAUCCAGCACAUCCUACGCCUGUACAAGCAUCCCCUGCACGAGGAUCACGUGAUUGUACUAUUUUCCGACAGAUGUCGUCGAUGCGGCGAUGACGUCACUAACAACGUUAACGACGACGACGACGAAAUUUUCGAUUACUGCCCCGGCGAGGAUCACGUCAAUUUCGAUGACGUAAGCUGCAUCGGAAUGCUCGUCGUUGACGUCACAAGAAAGGAAGUUGUCGUCAUUGUCGAGGAUCUACUUCCGGUUGGAACAAACUUGCAGAGGUUGAUAUUCACGAGGGACAACAAACGCGUCUUCGACUGCCACUCGAACGUCUACGAGGUCUGCUCGGGCCGAUGGCUGGGCAUGUUGGAAGCCAAGUACAAAAAAUGCCACAAGCCUCAAAAGAGCGAUGACGUCACGAAGACCAUCAAGGAAAGAUUUGGCUACCCCGUGGCGCUAAUCAUGCCGAAUGAUCACGCGAUGCUCUACCUGAAAGAUGAUUGGCUGACGGUGGUGCGCCUGUCGGAUUGCAUCAUACUCGGAAGGGUGUCGGUGCACACACGCGUCAGCACGCUGGCUCUAUCGCGAGAUCAGCGAACAGUCCACGUGGGCGGAUGUGACGGAAGUGUGACGUCAUACACCAUCGUUGACGAAGAUGAGGACGACGUCGGUGACGUAAUAAAUGGCAUCGCAAGUCGGAAACCGGAAAUAAAACUUCCGGUGCGAGUGUGGGACAGGGUGAAACCGUAUCUGGAAUAUUCCAGGCCGCCCUAUAUGCCACCGAGGAUGAAAAAUAACAAGAGGCGACAGAGUGAUGAGAAAGGAGGAGGAGAGUUAAAAAUUCUCAAUGACGUCAUUGAUGAUGAUGAUGGGGAUGGUAAUGAUUGUUAUUGUCGUGAUGAUGAUGAUGACGAUGUUUAUAAGGUUGUUGGUGGUGAUGAUGGUGCUGGUUGGAAGGGGAAGUCGUUAAAAUUUGCAGUAAAUAGAUCAAAAGCGUGUGGCAUUAUGUGA